CGCCCCUCAGGGGCGUGGCAGUACUAUUUCCUGGAGCAAUCUCACUGGGGUGGCUCCACUUUGCUUUUGCACUCGACUACUCUGCUGCCUCCUCUGCAGCUACCGGACCUGCUUCUGCUGCUGCUCAGGGAGAGCAUCUGGGGAUUACUUUGCAGACCACUGAGAAGAUGAUGAGCUCAAGCUAUUUGAGUGAGAUGAGCAGCAGCAGCUGUGGGACUCAGCAGUCCCCAGAGGUGCUGCCAUGCCAGCCCCAGCAUUACCACUGCUACCGUCAGUCAAGCCAAGCUCAGCAGCCUCCAGAAAAAAAUGUAGUGUACCAGCGAGUGAGGACUUACAGUGGGCCCAUGAACAAGGUGGUUCAGACUUUGGACCCUGUCGGCUCAGGAGAAGUGCUCUCCCCUCUCAAAACUGCCUCCUCCGAACAAAGCUUGGUUUGGAGCGACCAUUCCCAGGAACUUCAUUCUCCAACUCUGAAAAUAUCUACUUGUGUCCCAGGCACUCUACAUAUAACCCCAAAUACUGAACAGUGUGAAGAUUUUUUUCUCACCAAGGAACUCCAUUCUCCAACAGUGAAAGUUACUACAUAUCCUCAAACCACUAUAAGGCGAUAUAUAGUGCAAAGUCCUGAACAGGAACCUCUGUUGCCAUUCCUAAGAGGAGGCCAUUUCUUUCCAGGAAAUAAUGUUAUUUAUGAAAAAACCAUAAGAAAAGUGGAGAAGCUAAAUAUGGAUCAGGAAAGCUAUCCUCAGGUUCAGUGCAAUCAUCACAUUGGUCAACAGCCCCAGAUCAUCCACUCUCCUCACUGUGAACAAUCCCAUUCUAGUCAGAAAAUCCAAACCAUCAGAGGAAGUGAUUCAGUUUCUACAAACACUGUAAUUGAACUGUGUCAUGGUGGCUCAAACCAUACACAUGAGCAGGUGAUAAUUCAGGAUGACAGCCCUGAAAAAUUGGACCCCAAAUAUUUUGGAGAAUUGCUCGCUGAUCUAAGCCGCAAAAAUAUGGAUCUAUAUCACUGUUUAUUUGAACACUUGCAGAGAAUUGGAGGAAGCAAACAGGACUUUGAGUCUAUAGAUGAGUCAGAAGACAUUGAAUCAUUGAUUCCAAAAGGAUUGUCAGAAUUUACAAAACAGCAAAUUCGCUAUAUUCUGCAGAUGAGGGAUAUGUCUGCUAAAUCUCUCCGACUAGUGCUGUCCACAUUCAGCAACAUACGGGAAGAGCUUGGACAUCUUCAGAAUGACUUGACAUCACUGGAAAAUGAUAAGAUAAGACUUGAAAAAGACUUGGAAUUCAAAGAAACUCAAAUAAAAGAGUAUGAAGAACUCUUGGCAUCAGUGAGAGCUGAUAAUCGCCAACAGCAGCAAGGAUGUCAAGACUCCACCUCAAAAUGCCAAGCAUUGGAAGAAGACAAUCUCUCUCUUCGGCAUACGCUAUCAGACAUAGAAUAUAGAUUAAAAGAGUUGGAAUACUGUAAGCGUAAUUUAGAGCAAGAGAAUAAAAAUCUGAGAAUACAGGUUUCUGAGACUUGCACAGGCCCAAUGCUGCAGGCUAAAAUGGAUGAGAUUAGCAACCAUUACAUGGAAGCGGUAAAAAGCUUAAGAAUGGAGAAAGACAGAGAGAUCUGCAAACUAAGGACUCAAUUAAAUCAGUACCAAAAAGAUGUUUCAAGAAGAGAAGGAAGCUGCAAUGAUUUUCAAUUCAAGAUUCAUGAACUGACAAGUUUGCUGGAAGAGAAGGAUUCCCUUAUAAAGCGUCAGUCAGAGGAACUCUCAAAGUUGAGACAAGAAAUAUAUUCAUCUCAUAACCAACCCUCCAGUGGUGGAAGGACAACUAUUACAACUAAAAAGUACAGGACACAGUAUCCAAUCCUAGGCCUCUUGUAUGAUGACUAUGAAUAUAUACCGCCAGGUAGUGAUACACAAACUAUUGUGAUUGAGAAAACAGAAGACAAAUGGACUUGUCCAUGAAUGAAUCUCCAGCUCAAAGGAAAUUUUUUGUGUCUUCAUUAGUACUUUAUUUUUUCAUAACAAAAGCCAAUCAAUAUUUUAAGCCAUGCUAUAACCCUGCAAGUCUAAUGGAAUUAAUUAGUUAUACAGAUGACAGUUUCUUCAGCCAUUUAUAAGGCCUGAAUCCUUUCUAUCACAUUUUUGUAUUCAAUAUAGCAACAUACUAAUUUUUAAAACUCAAUUACAAACUGCAGGACUAUAUCCACUCUUUUUCAAUAGGGUGCUUCCUAGACAGAGUUAAUUUUUUGGGGGUAGAGAUUUUACAAGUUAUCUCACUAGAAGUUUUCCUAGGAUAUUAGAAUGCAGUUUAGCUGAAGGAGUAAAUACUAUUUUUUAAUGACAACAACAAAAAGCAAUAUUAUUGAAUUAAAAAAAGUUUAGUGCAUGGUAUAUACAGAAUAUAUUUGCUUUUCUCAUAUUAACCCUUGUGAUUAAAAUAGAUAAUUUAUUACAUGUACAAAGGAGUUACAUUUAUACUUCUUUGAGAUAAAACUAAAUCAAAGGUGGUGGUUAAUUUCAUUUAUUAGGGAAGUGGGAUAUUUUAAAAAAUACCUAAGUCUACUAGAUUGUACAUUAUGGUAUUAUGGGUCUAAGUACUCGUCAGGGGCUUGGCAAAUCUGUCUUUUGAAGCAUAUCAUCCCCAAAUGAGCACACCCACUUUCUUAAAAACAAAUAACACUAUAUUGCAGUAGAGAGUGGAAGGAAGGUGGUCUUUUUUUAAAAAUAGUGGUAGAUAAAACAACAUUGAAAUACUGUGUAAAAGUGAAACACUUGAUAUCUGUAUUCUACUUGGGAGAAAGAGAUCUUAUCAUAAAAUAUUUAAUGUACUUUGAAGUUGGUUGAUUAACUGGGUUCUAAUGAUCUUAUAAAGUGAACUAAAGUAUUUUCUAAAUAUAUUAGUAGAUAUGAAUGAACUUUUAAAAUUUCAACCCCUUUGGUUAAAGUUAAGAAUUAGCAAAAAUUAAAAUGUUUGUAUUUGACCAAGUAUAGAUUCAGGUAACAAAUAAAUUUGGAUUUAUACGUGAAUGAGGUUUUGCACUGAAAAGUCUUUGCAUAUAUCUAUAUAUAAUUCUGUCAUUCUUUAUAAUUAUAUUCUAAUAAUUAUCCAUUAUACUAAGAAACUGUUAAGAUAGGAACAUAUGAGGAACUAUACUGAAUCAAACCACAAAUGAAGAGAAAAAUGUUUUUAAUAUUUAUAUAAAUAUCCAAGUUAGUCUUGAUAUGAAGCAAAAAGCCUUAUUUUCCUAAUACUCUGACUAAAAUGUUAAGCUCUGUAAUAUGGGUUGGUACAAUUCUAAUCUUAUUAGUGUUUUGUAACAGAAUGAGCUAUAUAGUCCUUACCUUUAUUCCCUUAGUAUAGGAACAAUGGAAAUUUCUCCUCUGCUAACUACUCAUAUAUGUAACUGUAACAAAAUUAUGCCUUAUCAUCUCCCCAUUAUACAUUAUGUAAGUGUAAGUUUUUAGUAGCCUGAUAGAAAAGUGCUACAAUAACUUUUAAAAUUAGAAUAAAUGUGAUUUUCCUAAACUACUCAUAUAAAAGUAACAGUGCCCAAAAUUUGGGCUCACUUGAUCCAUGCAUAGUGAGAGAAUGGGGGGUUAUAACAAGGUGAUUAUUAUACUUAACAAAGUUAUAUGUAUGUAUUUCUUUUCUAAUUUUUGAUUAAGUUCAAUAGAAACAUGUGAUUGUUUUCCUAAGUUUCACACAGCUUAUCUCUGAAAACUGCAGAUAUUGUCAGGUGAGGAAUGCCUGUUUAUCUAAAUUCUGUUCCAGCAUAUUUUACUUUAGAUGUUGAAUAAAAUGGGAGACUGUGCAAUGA